AUGUCCGGACGUGGUAAAGGAGGCAAGGGACUCGGUAAGGGUGGUGCUAAGCGUCACCGUAAAGUUCUUCGUGAUAAUAUCCAGGGCAUCACCAAGCCCGCUAUUCGUCGACUAGCUCGUCGUGGUGGUGUCAAGCGUAUUUCUGGACUUAUUUACGAGGAGACUCGUGGUGUUCUCAAAGUGUUCCUCGAAAAUGUCAUUCGUGACUCUGUUACCUACACUGAGCAUGCACGUCGCAAAACUGUAACGGCUAUGGAUGUUGUGUAUGCUUUGAAGCGUCAAGGUCGCACCUUGUAUGGUUUUGGUGGAUAG